GUGAACUUGUUUUCCGACGCAUCAAUUAUUCCCGCACCUCUCGUUGGUGCAUCCGCCAGCCCUUCCGGAACCACCUCGUGCCCACAUCUGGGGUUCGGGACUUUUCGGACGCCCCCCCCGAGAGACAUUUCGCCCAAUUUGGCGCAUUUGCUGCUGCGUCGCGACUCCUCCAAGGCUCCACGAUAACCACCGCCGCCUCGACUCGGUCCCUUGCCCCGACAUCACCCGCGGAACGGUGGAGAAGGCACUGCGAUUUCGAUUUCCACUCUUCGUCGCGCCCCGGAUUGCGCCCAUCAUGACCCCUGCCUCAAACAUUCAUAUACCCCCAGCUGCCCCCGUCGAACCUGGCUUUCUCACUUCAGACUUCUUCCAACAGCAGGUUGCAAAGCAACGAAAUAAUAACUACCACUCCACUUCUCUAAACAAAAUGGUUGCUGCUUCGGUCAAUCGCACGGCUCUGCACCCUGGUGGUGUUCUGCCCGGUCAGAGUCACACUGAACUCGAGGAGGAACUCCACGAGCACGCCCACAUUGACUACGACCGCGUUGCUAUUAUUGCCAACCCCGCCGUCCCUGCCCUCUACGAAGAUGCUCUGGUCUACGAGACUGGUACUGCCAUCACCUCCAGCGGUGCCUUGACUGCCUACUCCGGAGCCAAGACUGGCCGUUCUCCCUCAGAUAAGCGUAUUGUCCAGGAGGAAUCAUCAGAGAAGGACAUCUGGUGGGGACCUGUCAACAAGCCUAUGACCCCUGAUGUCUGGCGUAUCAACCGUGAGCGUGCUGUCGACUACCUCAACACCCGUAACCGCAUCUAUGUCAUCGAUGGUUUCGCCGGUUGGGACGAGAGAUACCGCAUCAGCGUCCGUGUCGUCUGCGCUCGCGCCUACCAUGCUCUGUUCAUGCGCAACAUGCUUAUCCGCCCCUCCGCCGAGGAGCUGAAGCACUUCCACCCCGACUAUGUCAUCUACAACGCCGGAUCCUUCCCCGCCAACCGCUUCACUGAGGGUAUGACCUCCGCCACCUCCGUCGCCAUCAACUUCGCCGAGAAGGAGAUGGUCAUCCUGGGUACCGAGUACGCCGGUGAGAUGAAGAAGGGUGUCUUCACCGUUCUCUUCUACGAGAUGCCUGUCAAGCACAACGUCCUGACUCUCCACUCGUCUGCCAACGAGGGCAAGAACGGCGAUGUCACUGUCUUCUUCGGUCUCUCUGGUACCGGAAAGACCACCCUGUCUGCCGACCCCAACCGUGCCCUGAUCGGUGAUGACGAGCACUGCUGGACUGACCGUGGUGUCUUCAACAUUGAGGGUGGCUGCUACGCCAAGUGCGUUGGUCUGUCCGCGGAGAAGGAGCCCGAUAUCUACAACGCCAUCCGCUUCGGAUCCGUCCUUGAGAACGUUGUCUUCGACCCCAUCUCCCGUAACGUCAACUACGACGACACUACCCUCACUGAGAACACUCGCUGUGCCUACCCCAUCGAGUACAUCGAGAACGCCAAGAUCCCCUGCAUCUCCGACAAGCACCCCUCGAACAUCAUCCUCCUCACCUGCGAUGCCCGCGGUGUCCUCCCCCCGAUCUCCAAGCUCACCACCGAGCAGACCAUGUUCCACUUCAUCUCGGGUUACACUUCCAAGAUGGCCGGUACUGAGGACGGUGUGACGGAGCCCCAGGCGACCUUCUCCUCCUGCUUCGCCCAGCCCUUCCUGGCCCUGCACCCCAUGCGCUACGCCCGCAUGCUGGCGGACAAGAUCAAGGAGCACAAGGCCAACGCCUGGCUGCUGAACACCGGAUGGGUUGGCGCUGGCGCCACCACCGGCGGCAAGCGCUGCCCUCUCAAGUACACCCGUGCCAUCCUGGACGCCAUCCACAACGGCUCCCUCAACAACGUCGAGUACGAGACCUACGAUGUCUUCAACCUCCACGUGCCCACCUCCUGCCCCGGUGUCCCCGCUGAGCUGCUGAACCCUAAGAACAGCUGGACCGCCUCGACCAGCUUCAAGGGCGAGGUCAACAAGCUCGGCAAGCUGUUCAACGAGAACUUCGCCAAGUACUCCGACCAGGCUACCAAGGAGGUCAUUGCGGCCGGCCCGAAUCCACACUCCCGACAACAUCUGGCAUGCCACCCGUCGCCCAACAUGCUUCCCCCCGAACGCAAGGAGGUCCCAGUGUUUCACGUCAGCACAGACACAACAGACCAGGCCUUGCUGGACCGCGACAACCUUCAACAUCUCAGAUACAGACCUCCGCCUCGCAUGGACGCGUGGUCCAGACACAGGAGACCAUCAACCCUGCAUAGACGCAUCAUGCACCUGGAUCUCCGAUCGCCUUCAGCCGGCGACCAUCUCCGACGCGUCGUCUGUGCCCUCGAGAUCACAGCAUACCUGGGAAUCAGAAAUAUGCUUCACCCCUAGUCCAAUCAAGGGGCAAAUACCAAAACCACCCGUCACAUCGCAAUUUGUCCCCCGGAGGCCCCUUCAUCCACAACCUCGAGUUGUCG